GGGUUGACCGCGAGAAAGGGGCGUGAACGAGCGCCAGAGCGGUCAUUCUCCGAUGUGCAAAACCAAAUAAACAAUCACAAUUUCUCGGGACACUUUUGUUCACAUUUGGCAUUUCGUGACAAUUUUAACUUUUUUUUUUAAAUACUGGGAUUUGUGCAGCGGAGAAUGGCAGCUGAAGUGAAUGGCAGUUCUGCUCCAGUUAAGGAGGAAGACGAACCAAUGGACAUAACAGUAACACACACAGAGAACUACCAGACACUCAUAGAUGCAGGCCUUCCACAGAAAGUGGCGGAGAGCCUGGAUAAGAUAUUUCAGACUGGACUGGUGGCUUACGCUGACCUGGACGAGAGAGCCAUCGACGCCCUGAGGGAGUUCAAUGAGGAGGGAGCCCUGUCAGUGUUACAGCAGUUCAGGGAGAGUGACCUGUCACAUGUGCAGAACAAAAGUGCAUUUCUCUGUGGUGUGAUGAAGACAUACCGACAGCGAGAAAAGCAAGGAAGUAAAGUUCAAGAAUCCACAAAGGGUCCUGAUGAGACUAAGAUAAAGGCUCUUCUGGAAAGAACAGGUUACACUUUGGACGUCACCACAGGACAGAGGAAGUAUGGGGGGCCUCCACCUGACGAGGUGUACUCAGGGGCCCAGCCUGGAAUCGGAACAGAGGUAUUUGUUGGCAAGAUCCCCAGAGACUUGUAUGAGGAUGAGCUGGUGCCUCUGUUUGAGAAAGCCGGGCCCAUUUGGGACCUGCGUCUAAUGAUGGACCCCCUUCUUUCGGGUCAGAACAGAGGAUAUGCCUUCAUCACCUUCUGCAAUAAAGAUGCUGCCCUAGAGGCCGUCAAGCUUUGUGAUAAUUAUGAAAUCCGGUCGGGGAAAUACCUGGGUGUCUGCAUCUCUGUCGCAAACAAUCGGCUGUUUGUUGGGUCAAUUCCAAAGAACAAGACAAGAGAAAGCAUAUUGGAAGAUUUCAGCAAAGUCACAGAGGGCCUCGUGGAGGUGAUACUCUACCACCAGCCAGAUGAUAAAAAGAAGAACCGUGGCUUCUGCUUCUUAGAAUACGAGGACCACAAAACUGCGGCCCAGGCCCGUCGCCGCCUCAUGAGUGGCAAGGUGAAGGUGUGGGGGAACCCUGUUACUGUUGAGUGGGCAGAUCCAGUAGACGAACCGGACCCAGAGAUUAUGGCAAAGGUAAAGGUGCUGUUUGUGAGGAACCUGGCCACACCGGUCACAGAGGAGCUCCUAGAGAAAACGUUCUCCCAGUUUGGGAAGUUGGAGCGGGUGAAGAAGCUGAAAGACUAUGCCUUUGUUCACUUUGAGGACAGAGAUGCUGCCGUGAAGGCAAUGCAACAAAUGAAUGGCAAAGAAUUGGAAGGCGAGGAGAUAGAGAUUGUUCUGGCAAAGCCUCCGGACAGGAAGAGGAAAGAGCGGCAGGCCCAGAGACAGCCAACUAGGACCACAGGAUAUGAUGAUUACUACUAUUAUCCUGCUCCACGCAUGCCGCCUCCCAUGCGAGGCAGGGGCCGAGGUGGGAGAGGUGGCUAUGCCUACCCUCCAGACUACUACGGUUACGAGGACUACUACGACGAUUACUACGGGGGUGGUUACGACUACCAUGACUACCGAGGUGGCUACGACGACCCUUACUACGGGGGAUACGAUGAUGUCUACGUGCCGAGAGGAAGGGGGGGCAGGGUGAGUCGAGGUGCCCCCCCUCCCCCUAGAGGCCGAGGAGCACCACCCCCCCGUGGCAGAGGUGGCUACGUCCAAAGGGGGGCUCCUAUGGGUGUACCGAGGGGAAGCCGUGGGAGCCGGGGAGGUCCGCCCCAGCAGAGGGGCCGCGGCAUCAGAGGGUCCAGGGGAAACCGCGGGGACAACUUGGGCGGGAAGAGGAAGGCUGACGGUUACAACCAACCGGACUCCAAGCGCCGGCAGACCAACAACCAGAACUGGGGCUCCCAACCCAUUGCCCAGCAACCCCUGCAACAAGGUGGCGACUACUCUGGUGAAGACGCGAGAACGGCAGCGGUUGAGUGAGUGAGGAACACAUCUAUUCUCUGCUGUGUUCUUCCCCAAAGAAGGGAUGCGUGUCCGAGGUGGCCCCGACCCAGUCUUGUCACGAUGUGGACUUGCUAGGUGGGGCUCCCAGACAGAGGCAGCUGUAAGGACUACGGGGUAAGUUUAGGAUGUUUUCUUCCCAAACCAUUGUUCUCUUUCACUGUCUUUCUCUCCCUCUGAUUCAGGUCUCACCAAAUCCCUGUGGGGAUUAAGAUGCAGAAAGAAAACGUCAGUGUCUGGGUGAGUUUAGGUAGAGAGAAAAGUACUGUAUCCCUCAAUACACAGUUAGAGAAGUUAACUUUGGAGUUGGAAAAAAUGUUGAGUUACUUGGAGAAAGAAUACAGUAUACGAUUCAGAAUACCAAAAAUAGUAAUUCUGUUCAUUAUCAAAUGCCUUAGUUUACAGAAACGUACUCUAAACACUACUUUUAUCAAAUGUAAUGUGUCGUAAGGAUUAGCAAAAAUAGCUCCCUGUAGCAAUUACCUUUUAGAGGUGAAAACAAGAGCUCUGUCUCUAGUCUAAAGAACUACAGACCACAUUAUAAAUGCUUUGGGGUCGAGCUUGAAGCUGUUAGAGCUUACUCCAAUUGCAUAUCAGCUCCCAGUGUUGAGUUUUUUCUCCCUGGAAUUAUAUGUAUUGCUCUAUGAUUCUCUGGAAUACAAUUUGUUGCUCUAUGAUUCUCUGGAAUACAAUUUGUUGCUCUAUGAUUCUCUGGAAUUCAAUUCGGUGCUCUAUGAUUCUCUACAAUUCAGUUCGUUGCUCUAUGAUUCUCUGGAAUUCAAUUUGUUGCUCUAUGAAUCUCUGGAAUUCAAUUCGUUGCUCUACGAUUCUCUGGAAUUCAAUUUGUUGCUCUAUGAAUCUCUGGAAUUCAAUUUAUUGCUCUAUGAUUCUCUGGAAUUCAAUUUGUUGCGCUAUGAUUCUCUGGAAUUCAAUUUAUUGCUCUAUGAUUCUCUGGAAUUCAAUUCGUUGCUCUAUGAUUCUCUGGAAUUCAAUUUGUUGCUCUAUGAAUCUCUGGAAUUCAAUUUAUUGCUCUAUGAUUCUCUGGAAUUCAAUUUGUUGCUCUAUGUUUUGUAAAAGAAAAUCACGUCAAUGCCCAGUAGCUAAUUGAAUAUUUAUUAAUAUAACUUCACUUUUCCUCUUAUGGAGUUGAGAGAAAAAAAUCUGCAUUUUGCUGUCAUAGCAAAUUCAUAGCUCCAUUUAUAUCAUAGUAGCUAUAGACACUAAAAUGUUCAAAAGACCACCCAGUGGGCAAAACUUGGUUGAAAAGACGUCUUCUUCUGUUCACAAACUGGUUGAAAUGGACAUUGUUUUUUGUACAACUUUUUACAGACCAGAAUAUGAUUUUUUUUAAUGACCACCAUACGAGCAGUUGCCGAUAAUUAUUACCAUAAUUGUUAACUCUGACCACUAUAUUAUGUGGUCAUAGUUAAGACCUCAUCAUAACCUGAUAAUGCCCACCUGCUGCAAAAAGUAUUUCAGAGGAUAAAGUUGGAAAUUGAAUACAUUGUUUGUUACCUUUCUAUUUGUUUCCAUAGGCACCAAUGAAAGUUGAAAUCUGCAACAUAUUGUUAACUAGGCAAGUCAGUUAAGAACAAAUUCUUAUUUACAAUGACGGCCUACAGUGGGUUAACUACUUUGUUCAGUGGCAGAAAGACAGAGUUUUACCUUGUGACCUCGGGGAUUUGAUCCAGCAACCUUUUGGCUACUGGCUCAAUUCUCUAACCACUAGGCUACCUGCCGCCCCCAUUAGAUCAAGCAAUGGCAAAAACAAACUGUAAUUGUUUCAAGAUUCACCCACAGACAUUACAUGCAUGGAAAGACUGGGACACAGAGUAUAUAAAGGCCCAUUGCUUUUUGUAUUAAUGAUGAAUGAUAUGAUGGGGUAGAUCCUCGUCAAGGAUCUCUGAGCACAGAAAGCGAACGUGAGCGUAGUGGCCUUCUUCAAGAGUGGUGCAAUGAGUCAGAUCUGGUGUGAAGAGAAUCAGCUUCAUCACGGCAGUCAGGGGUGUAUUUUAGGACUUUCCAGAGGGCCCACAACAAAUCAACCUCCUGAGUUUUCUGGCUUUUCAUGACACUUACUGUAAGCAUAAUAAGAGAAGAAAAUAAAUGACCUAUUGGCAUAAUGUAGACAUGCAAGACACCACAGAACAGUAAUGCUGUAUAUUUAACAGUCAGAAUCUACAAAAAAUGUCUCGUUGUCUAUGUUAAAUGUUUCAACUGCUCACAUUUAACUUAGCCACUACACUAGUGUGCACACGAGUGGUAGCAAAGGCAUUUUCUCCUCUGUCCACAUUGAAGAUCAGAUUACAGUAGAAAAAAGGCUUCAAAAAGGGUUCUUUGGCUGUCUCCAUUGGAUAACCCUUUUUGUUUCCAGGUAAGGGUUCUACCUAGAACCAAAAGGGUUCUACCUGGAACCAAAAAGGGAUUCUUUAAAGGGUUCUACUGUAGGGUCUACCGAAGAACCAUUUUACGUUCUUUUUGUCUUAGCGUGUAUCAUAGUCGAUGGCUAUAGAUUUAAGGAGGGGUGGUUCUCUCUCCUUUCCUUGGGAUGUGGCAGAAUAGGUCCCUGGUAACUGAGUGGGUGGCUAAGCACUGCAGUAGAGGCCAGGCAUAAGGUCAUUGACAUGUUUCAGGAACUGUAAAGACAUAGAUGAACCAUUAACCAUGAUUAUCCAUUAGAUAAUCAUGGUUAAUGGUCAAAUGGCACUACUCCUGAAAAAGGUCAACAGGCUGCGACGUUCACAUUACAUUAUGCCCACGUUGGAGGAUGUUCUUUACAAGCUCCCGAAGGCCAGAGUCUUCACGCUCUUGGACGCCAGAGAUGCCUUCCUGCAGUGCAAGCUCAACGAGCCCAGCAGCUACAUGACUACCUUUUGGACACCCUGGGGCUGGAAGAGGUGGUUGAAGCUUCCGUUUGGGGUCUCCGUGGCUCCAGAGGCCUAUCAGCGGAAACAGCACGAGCUGUUGGUGGAACCCAUGGCAGAUGAUAUCCUCGUAGUGGGCUAUGAGGACAGUGAUGAGGAGGCAGAAUAUGACCAUUACGCCAAGCUGCUGGCCCUGAUGGACAGAUGCAGACAGGUCAAGCUAAGGCUAAGCAUAAAAAAGCUUCAGUUUAAAGUGCCAGAGGUCCGCUUUCAUGGGCACAUCUUGUCCUCCACCAGAUUGAAGGUGGAUCCUGAGAAAGUGAAGGCUGUCUUGGAAAUGCCCCAAAUUCAUCAACGUGCCACACACCACUUUGCAAUGAGCUGGAGGCAGUAUGCAUUUUGAAAACAUACACUUAAUUGUUUGAAACCUGAAGGUUUUACUACAUAUUAUGAUGCAAGCAGGAGGGCCAGCCUGUGGCAUUCGCCCCUAGGGCACUCACUCCAACAGAGCAGAACUAUGCCCAGAUAGAGAAGGAGUGCCUCAGCAUUGUGUUUGCAUGCCAACGCUUCCACCAUUACCUGUAUGGGAGCGACAACAUUACCACGGAGACAGAUCACAAGCCCCUUAUUGCUAUAUUCAGCAAGCCUCUCCUGAAUGCCCUGAAAUGACUGCAGAGCAUGCUACUGGCCCUACAAAACUACAACCUCAAGCAGAAACAACAGCAGAGACAAUGAUCAAACACUGCAAGGCUCAGUUUGCCAGUUAUAGUCAUCCAGAUAGGGUAAUUUCAGAUAAUGGACCCCAAUUCUCUGAAUUUGAGUUCUGAAAAUUUGCUGCAGAAUGGGAAUUCGAGCACGUCACCUCAUCACCACGACACCCAAAAGCUAAUGGGAAGGCGGAGUCGGCAGUCAAAAUCGCAAAGAACCUCUGCAAAAAAGCUCUGCGAGAGGGCAAAGAUGCCUGGAUAGCAAUCCUGCAGUGGCGCAAUACCCCGACAGAAGGCAUGGAUAGCAGCCCGGCCCAGCGCCUCAUGACACAGCGCUUAAAAUCAGCUCUGCCAGCACUCUCUUGGAGCCAUGUGUGGUGACAGAUGUGCUGUUGAAGCUACUUCACAGAAGACAGGUAUCCAAGUUCAUCUAUAACAAAUCAGCAAAAGACUUACCUGAACUCAGGGUGGGUGAAACAGGGACCGGAUGGGUCUCGGAUCCUGUGUACAGAAAGUGGCACCAUACUCCUACUUGCUCAAAGUGAAUGGAUCACUGAACCAUCGUAACAGGGUUGACCUUCGGAUUGCUGAGCCUACACCUACUCAGAACCCUGAUUGUCAUAGGGGUCGCAUGACAAAAGACGGAACCCCAGCAAGUCACAUGGGGCCUUGAGGUACUGGGCAAAGAGCCAGGUGAUCACAGGUCGGCCGCUCCCUCGCCCAUCAAUGCUCCCCUUAGAGAGUCAGGUGACACGCCUGUGCGGGAACCCGCAGUCCUCGCAGACAAGCCCCCUGUCUUUUCACGCCACUGGUGUCUGUCCAAGCCACCAAAAAUACAUAAUCUAUAUUCUGUUCAUGUUGAAAAUUAUUAAUAGGUUUGUUUUGUUAAGGAAUUGACAGCUCCUGUCCUAUUUUAUAAAUGGGAAGAUGGUAUGGGUGUAAAAUGGCAGGGUGAUGCCAUCUGUUGGUAAAUGUUCAUUACUUCAACUCCAGUGUUUUUACCGGUGUGCUUGAGAUAUCCGGAUCUAUUGCAAGGUACUGAACAAGACUGGUUACUUGCAUCAAUGCGGAGACCAGAGUAAUACGAUUCUAACGGAAUCGGGAAAUGCUCGGCCCGCAUGAAGCUCCUUGAGUCCUAGUCCAUCCCUAGUCCCCUGAGUGUCAAACGGAAUAUCCUCGAGCCCAGUGUGUUGACUGGGUACACUAUGCCAUGAGACCCUAACCCAAUUUGGUGCACUCUGCCAGCUGUUGUUUGCCAACUGUGUUAAGCCGAGUCAUGCAAAACCUGCUGAAAAAUAAGAUUUGAAUAAUUGUAAAGGUUCUAGUGUCUUAUAUCCAAUGGGUGCAUGGCAGAGUUUCCUUUAAGAAAAUGUGGCACUGGACAUUUGACUGGCAGCAUUUUAAUUUACCGGACCUAUAGAUGCAUUGGGUGCGUAACCUGAUCAGGGCAUCCACCCACGGUUCUCCGAAAUCACAUUUCAAUUAUGGUAAUUAAUAUCAACAGAACAGAACAACAGAAAAGUUUACCUAUUUUAUUGGUCAGUUUGUUGAGAAAGAAAUAGCCAAUUCCAAACAGACUCUAGGACAGAUGUGAGACGAUAGAUCCCAAAUUCAUACAACCAGUAGGCCUAAGCAAAAAAUAAAUAAGAAAACGUUAAAAAGCAAUGAGUCUGAUUUAGCUUAAAAUGUUGAUGAACUAUUAUUUCUUCACAUUAUAAGCACAGCAAUGCGCACAAGACAGUAGGCUAUGCACAAAUGUUCAUUCCAUAAUGCAAUUUAAUGGAAAACAACAUUGUCAAAGUGCACUACACAUGCGAACGGUUUCAUGUGACAGGGAUGAAAAUAUCUGUUAAAAUUUAGAAAGCGGGGAGUUCUAAUAUGCAACAACUUGCAUGGGUUGACAAUAUGAUUAGAUUGUGCCUUUGACCACCAGACAAUUAAAUGAAGUUGAUAUAAAAUAAUUGCCUUCACAGAUAUGGUCAGAUUUUGGCUAGGCCACUUAGAAGCAAGGUAAGACAUGCCUCAGAAUAUGCAGUAAAACGUUCAGGUUCCAAACAAUUAAGUAUAUGUUUUCAUAAUGCAUACUGCCUCCAGCUCAUUGCAAAGUGGUGUGUGACACGUUGAUGAAGUCGUCCUUCAGUGUGCAUUUGCUGUUUGAGAUGCUGAAGCAGCAGCCCUCCCGCUGUCUUGACAGAUUUUCCGUUCGAAGGCUCUGUAUCUGUAAAAAAUAUGCUAAUUAACUUAUAGACUGAUAAGCAUAACCUGUCCAAUGCAUUUCCAUCGACUGGUAUUCCCAUCAAUGAAUUGGCUAAAAAGCAUUAUUUUGCAAUGGAAUUUUUUCUUCUGGACAAUUGGUCGGUGCCAAUUGUAUUUAUCGGCCUUUUCAUUUUUUAUCAGCCAAAAACCGGCUAUUACCGGCUAAAGGAAGCCCUGGUGCAUGGCCCACAAACACUAUGCACAUGUUUAUAUAGAUUGGUGUCUAUAAAUUGUGUAGCAUUUAGGUAACUGGUCAGUAAUUACAUCAGAUUUGAACCAUAAACCAGACGUCAACCAAAAUAUAAAAAAAUAACUCUUAUUCUGGUUGUGAUCUGGUUAUAAGACAUUCCAACCAGAUUUCAACCAGAAAAAUAUAUACUACCGUUCAAAAGUUUGUUGUCAUUUAGAAAUGUCCUUGUUUUUGAAAGAACAUCACUUUUUUUGUCCAUUAAAAUAACAUCAAGUUGAUCAGAAAUACAGUGUAGACAUUGUUAAUGUUGU